UACGUAAUCAAGAUUGGUUUUUUUUUUUUUUUUUUUUUUUUUUUUUUUUUUUUUUUUUUUUUUUUGGGUUUUACGUCUAGCUCUCAGUAGGCUCUUAUUCCCCAGCCCCUUCUAAAGAAAAGAGACUCUGCAUUUAGCUCCUGCAGUGUACCAUACAAGUAAAAGCCUCGGGAGCUACCCCGCAUCACGUGUUAAGAAACGGAACUACCUAGGUAGAGCCCCACUUUGUACACGACAGCAUACAAUUAGACACCCUACUACUGUGGUGUCACCGUCUUACUCUCGCACUGUAACAGUGCAAGGUGCCGGAGGCUUAUUUCAUCUUCUUUCGUCAUCACACAAAUUACCAAAACCGCGCAAUGGCCGAGCUCGCCGUAUACGACAACGACCCUACUCUUUACCUCUUCACCUCCCUCACCGCCGGCUCCUCGCACAUCAUCACAGCGACCUCACGCAUCGAAACCAUUCUCAAGGCGAACAAGAUACCGUUCAAGGGCGUGGAUACGGCCACAGAUGAUUUGGCGCGGAAGCUGUUCCAGCGCAGAGCACAAGGAAAGAAGUUGCCGCUGCUGGUGAAGGAAGGAUAUGUGCUAGGAGACCUUGAACAAAUCGAGGAAUGGAACGAGUACGACGAGCUCAAGGAAGCCUUAGGCGUAACCGCCACCCCAGCCGCGGCGCCCGCGAAACCAGCACCCGCACAAGCAGCAUCAGCGAGCGUUCCUUCACCGAAGACUGAGACGCCGAAGGACAAGACGCCGUUGCCGUCGUCCGAGCAGAACCUUGCGAUACGUCAGAUGGGUGCUGAAGCCGCGAAGAUCGCAGCGUCUAGAAAACCUACGCCCGGUCAUAUCUCCACUACGAACCCCCUCCUGGCAGAGAAGGUCAACUCUCCUGCAUCGGUGUCUACGCCUAGGAAGACCGGAAGUGGAGAUGCAAGCGGAAUUCUCUCGCCGCGCAACAUAGCCCUGCCGGCGACGCCGGGCGCACCUCGGUCUCCGAGUCCUCCGCUACGUACGCAUCGAGCGUCCUCUACGAGUUCUUUCCACGGCGAGCUGGUCGAGGAAGCACCGCCAGAGGUGAUUAAGCGGGUGGAAGAGGAGGAGGCGAUUCCGGAGGUGAGCAGUUCGGAAGAGGAGGAUACUGAAGACGAGCGUUCCAGAAAGGCGUCGUCCCCUGCGGGACUGAAGAGUGCGCCGGCUGUGACUACUGCGGCGAGGAAGGAGGAUGUGGGAGAGAAAGUGGAGGGUGAUGAUGAUGAGGAAGAUGAGGGUGACACGGACAAUGAGGAGUCGGACGAGAAGGCGGCUACAAGCAGUGGUGCAAAGACCACGACAGCAAAUGCGGAAGACAGGGAAGGGUUGCAGUCGCAAGUCGAGGGCGAGAAAGCAGCAUGAUGACAGAAUGCUUGCUCGAGCACGUGGUCACUCUCUUUCCAGCCAUCCAAGUAUGAUGCAUUGGUUGUACUGUGUCUCCAUUCCGAUGGCUUAUACUCCCUUAACUCGCCGCAUUGUUUCGCAUUUGUAGCAUCUCGACCAAUUUCUCAGAGCCGGCGUUGAUUUUACUGCUUCCAAUGUCUGAAUUGGAGAUGAUCCACUCAGUGCUUCUCCACAUAUCUGAACACCAGCGAGGGAGAAGCAUCUACUCGUUCUCAGCAGCCUCCUUACCCCCAACCAUAUACCUGACAUCACGGAGAAUAGAUUAUAUAGGAUGCCAGUACAUGCAGGACAAGCACUGCUUACAAGAUCUUCCUGAUUUGACGGAACCCACGAUAUAAGACCA